UGAGACGGGUGGUAAUGAUAGAGGUGUUGUUGGUGAUGGUGGAGGUGGUGUUGGUGGGGGUGGUGGAGGGGGCGCGCUUAGCCCUGGACCUCUCCAACGUCAAGGAUCCCCAACACCUGCAGGCACUCCAGGACUUCACCCUCUCCGCCUUCUUGGUUAUGCCCACCACCACCACCUUCACCCUGGUCAUGAACCAGCGCGCCAGGGCGGAGAUGUCUGGCAGCGGAGAGGGACCACAACUCACCAACAACAAGCCCCUGGAACACAAGGAACAGCAGAAGCAACAGAAGGAAGAGCUGCAACAGCAGGAACCGCGGGAUCGGCAGCAGCAGCAAUCUAGCAAAUCUCUCCUCUCCGUUACCAAGGCGCCCGUCUCACCAGAUGAGCGUGCUGGCAAGCUCCUCCUGGGAAGCGGCGAGCUACGAUCUCCUUUGCCUAGUGCAGAGGAUCUAGGACCCUCUUCGUCUGUUGUAAAAGAACUAGGACUCCCUUUGCCUAAUAUAGAGGAACUGGGACCCUCUUUGUCUGUUGCAAAGGAACCAAGACCCCCUUUGUCUGGUGUAAAGGAACUGGGACCCUCUUUAUCUGCUGCAAAGGAAUUAGGUCCCUCUUUAUCUAAUGCAAAGGAAUUAGAACCCUCUUUAUCUGCUGCAAAGGAAUUAGGUCCUUUAUCUAAUGCGAAGGAAUUAGGACCCUCUUUAUCUGAUGCAAAGGAAUUAGGACCCUCUUUAUCUGAUGCAAAGGAAUUAGGACCCUCUUUAUCUGAUGCAAAGGAAUUAGGACCCUCUUUAUCUAGUGUAAAGGAAUUAGAACCCUCUUUAUCUGAUGGAAAGGAAUUAAUACAUUCUUUGUCUGAUGCAAAGGAAUUAGGUCCCUCUUUAUUUGAUGCAAAGGAAUUAGGACCCUCUUUAUCUGAUGGAAAGGAAUUAGGACCCUCUUUAUCUGAUGGAAAGGAAUUAAUACCCUCUUUGUCUGCUGCAAAGGAAUUAGGACCCUCUUUAACGAGUAAAAAGGAUGCUGGAUCCUCUUUAUCUGAUGUACAGAACAUAGAAGCUCAUUUAUCAUCUGAUAAAAAUGACCUCAGGACCUCUUUGCUGGGUGUGGAGGAGCAGGGGCCCUCCCUGCUGGGUGUGAAGGAGCAGGGGCCCUCCCUGCUGGGUGUGGAGGAGCAGGGGCCCUCCCUGCUGGGUGUGAAGGAGCAGGGCCCCUCCCUGCUUGGUGUGAAGGAGCAGGGGCCCUCCCUGCUGGGUAUGCAGGAGCAGGGGCCCUCCCUGCUGGGUGUGGAGGAGCAGGGGCCCUCCCUGCUGGGUGUGGAGGAGCAGGGGCCCUCCCUGCUGGGUGUGGAGGAGCUAAGGGCCCGACUACCCAACAUCAGCGAGGAGAGUCUGAGUGUGGUGCGAGCUGUCCUGACGGGCGAGGUGCCAGGCCUGACACUGGCACCUACUGACGAGGACUUCGACGAGGCCCUGGAGUUGAUGUACGCGUUAAGGGCCCGUAGCUGGCUCCCUGAUGCCCCGCUGUCGCCCCCUAAGAUAGAGGCCCUGGAGGACGCUGGGAUGAGGCGGCCGGAGGUGGAGCGUCACCUGCAGGAGUUGACCUCGAGGGUGGAGGCCCUGGAGGAGGAGGUGGAGAAGGGUAAAGUCAGCGGUAGGGGGUUGAGCCAUGACUCUGCCGGCGCUGACAACCUCCUCAGCACCAUGCAGGUGAACCAGGACAGUCUCAAGAAGAUGCUCAACUCUGUCUUCUCCGUCACAAGAAAUCACGAGACGGCUCCCCUGGACAAGAUGGCGGCUAUGCUCUACGUCACAAAGAAGUUUGACUCUUACGGACUGAUGGUGGUGGAGCACGUGUUCUCUGCUGCCGAGUACUAUGUCUGGUUCGACGAGGCUCUGGAAGGGAGGAACAUCAUCGGGGUGCUUGUAGGACGCCUGUGGGGGACUCCGGAGGACGCGCCCCUGGUGAUGGGUGCCCACCUGGACACAGUGGCUGGCACACCCGGUCUGGUCGACAACGGGUCUGGCCUGGCCGCCCUGGUGGAGGCCGCUCGCAUCCUGACCUCCAGCGGCUGCGCCUUCGACCAUUCCAUCAUCUUCGUCGCCUUCGACCUGGAGGAAAUAGGUACACAAGGCUCAGCCAUGUUCGUGAAGGACUACCUGGGCAGAGCAGUGAUGGAGCAGUUCGGUAUCACCCGCCUCACUGGAGCCUUCGUCCUCGACUGUGUCGCCAACUGGGACCCCCGACCAUACUCCCAGGUCUUCUCCCCGGCCUGGUACGAACUCAUACCUGAACUCGAGAAGAGUCUGAAAGGCCGCAACUAUUCUGGCGACUUCGCCGCUGUUAUCUACCGAUCCCAAGUGGAGUCUUACCUCGCCAACAGGCUAGCAGAGCGGUACCUGACUCUAGGCCAGCAACACUACAGGCUAGAGCUGAUGCCACUGCAGGAGUUGGGUCCAGACCUGCCCAGUACGGAGGUCCUUCACAAGCAUUUCGACUUCAUUCGGUCUGACCACAUCCGGUUCUGGUACUCCAACCACACGACGUCCUCCACCACCAUCCCCGCUGUCCUCGUCACCGACACUGGACCCUUCAGGGGAAAGAUGCAAGAGUGCUACCACGGAGCCUGUGAUGGUCCCCAGCUCUUGAAGGACAUGGGGGACCUGGGGCUGCUGGCCAAGGUGGCGCAGGCGGUGGCUUGGACGGUGGGAGAGCUGGCCCAGGGGCGGUGUGGGCCCCGUGGUAGUCUCCACACACACACUUUCUUCAGGCUCCUCGCUGCCUCCCACUCACCAGGGGCCGGCCUCUCCCUGUCUUCCCUUCACGAUGACAUAAAACAACAGAGCCUGCCAAACGCGUCCACCCCUCUGAAGCAUGUGCAUAGCCCUCAGAAGCCUGUUACCAUCCAUCUGGGGUCCGUAUCCAGCCCUCAGAAGCCUAUUACCACCCCUCUGGGGACCGUGUCCAGCCCUCAGAAGCCUGUUACCACCCCUCUGGGGCCCCUGUCCAGCCCUCAGAAGCCUGUUACCACCCCUCUGGGGCCCCUGUCCAGCCCUCAGAAGCCUGUUACCACCCCUCUGGGGACCGUGUCCAGCCCUCAGAAGCCUGUUACCACCCCUCUGGGGACCGUGUCCAGCCCUCAGAAGCCUGUGUCCACUUCUCUAGGGACCGUAUCCAGCCCACAGAAGCACGUAUCUACUUCUCUAGGGACCGUAUCCAGCCCUCAGGUGCCUGUGUCCACUCUUCUAGGGACCGUAUCCAGCCCUCAGAAGCACAUAUCCACUCCUCUAGAGACCCUAUCCAGCCCUCAGAAGCACGUAUCCACUCCUCUAGAGACCGUAUCCAGCCCUCAGAAGCACGUAUCCACUCCUCUAGGGACCAUAUCCAGCCCUCAGAAGCACGUAUCCACUCCUCUAGGGACCGUAUCCAGCCCUCAGAAGCACGUAUCUACUCCUCUAGGGACCGUAUCCAGCCCUCAGAAGCCUGUGUCUACUCCUCUAGGGACCGUAUCCAGCCCUCAGAAGCACGUAUCUACUCCUCUAGGGACCGUAUCCAGCCCUCAGGUGCCUAUGUCCACUCCUUUGGGGUCCGUGUUGAGCCCCCAGGUGUCCGUCUCCAGCCCUCAGGAAUCCCUGUCUAGACCUCAGGUAACCGCGUCCAGCUCUCAAAAGUCCGUGUCCAGAGGUAAGAUGACCAUGUCCAGACACCAAGUGCCCAUAUUCAGGCGCCAGGUGCCCAUAUCCAGACGCCAGGAGCCCAUAUCCAGACGCCAGGAGCCCAUAUCCAGACGCCAGGAGCCCAUAUCCAGACGCCAGGAACCCAUAUCCAGACGCCAGGAGCCCAUAUCCAGACGCCAGGAGCCCAUAUCCAGACGCCAGGAGCCCAUAUCCAGACGCCAGGAGCCCAUGCCCAACCCUGAGGUAUCCGAGUUCAGUCCUCAGGCAGCCAGCUGAUCACUGAUAUUAACAAAAUGCUUUUAAUCGCCAAAAUUAUCAACCAACUGAUAAUUGACGAGGCUACAAUGUAUAAUCCAAUUGGGAACUACUGACAUCACCAACGAUCUUAUGUCUCUUAUAUUAAUGUCCAUCAGUCAGUUGUCUCUAGAUAUUAUACUUAGUAAAUCCGAUACCUUCGACAGCGCUCUCCUUAUGUGCUUUUGUUCUUAUAUUGGCGUCGUCAGUGAUAUGUAGCCUCUUGACAUAUCCUGAGACACUGACGAGGGCUACACAGUCUCCUCCUGGCUUGGUGCUUCCUCUCGAGUACUUAUGACGUCAACAAUGAGCUGAUUACUAUGAUAUCAACAAUGAACUGAUUACUAGAGCCAAUAUUUUCAAAACCCUAUUUGCACCAAAUGUUGUAUGCAUUAUUUGCAGGAGUUCAAUAAUAAUAAUAAUUAUGAUCAAAUCAGUUGGAGCCCCCGUGGGUACACGCAGGCACCUUAAAUCACUGGACUAUGAUAUGCCUGAGUAAUGUACCUUGAGUCUCCAUUGAGUCGACAAGGUGUCUCGAGGUAUCGAACUGACACUAACUCAAGGGUCUAAACCUUACCCUCGUACACUGUGGUGUGGUACAAGAGUUCUUCCACUCUGUGGUAACUUCAAAUGCACAAAGAAAUCACAUUAAUGUAAUGUAUCCAUGAGAUAAAUAGUUGGAGAUAUAAGAAUUGAAAUCGGCAUUCUGGUUACUCUUAUUUAAGGCGUGUGUUUGGUAGUACACGGGUUCGAAUCCUUCUCAUAGGUCAAACUAAUUUUCUCAUCAAUACGUCACAUUAAUGUGAUUUCUUUGGACAAUAAUAUUAUUAAUAAUAAUUUAUUUCUAAAUACUACAGAUGGUUUGAACAGAAUUUAUCUUUUUGUAUAAAGUCAUUAAUGUAAGCAAAGAUAUGUAAUACAUCAUUGUGUUGUUUAAGAUAUGACACACAUAUGCUGUUGGGGUCACACAAUGUCUCAAGUGAUUGAUUGAUAUUGUUUAUUUUAUAUUGAUUACAUAACAUGCACUGUAAACUAGAAAUAAAUAUCACGAGUUUCCACACUGGCAGAUGCAGGCGAUGAGUCACAAUAACGUGGCUAAAGUAUGUUGACCAGAC